CACGCCUGCCGUUGCUCUCUGCUCUGCUCUGCGUUGGUCGCGCGACACGACACCGCCUGCCGCCUGGUGAAUUGAGCUCCUCGCUCGGACUGAGUUGCAGAUAUCUGUAAUGCCAGCGCGACGUGAAAUUGUCUAGCUUUGGUAGCUGCAGACAGGUUCGAGAUAAGUGAUUUCGUGCUGUUCUGCUGGCCCAAAGUCCACGCGUUCGUACUCGUUCGCCGGCCAAGAUCGCGCAACGCGACGCAAAGAUGUACAAACGGACACUAAUUUGAGAUGCAGCAGGACAGAAUGCCUUCUUACUAUGACAUUGACGCGAUCCUUACAGACGCACAGAAAGUGCCAUGUACUUUUGACAUGACUAUUCCGAAGCUUGGGUAUCUCGAUGGAAACGCAGGUGGCGAUAUCAAGGAGGGCACAAAGCUAGAACUGCCGCUCUGGCUUGCAGAAAUGCUCGCCGUUUCGCAAGCACAGUCUGGAGCGUCCACAUUGACCCUCGACAUGCCCAGAGCCUUGUCGCCGCGUGUGGUAAAUGCGUUGAAGGCUGAUCCUAAAGUCAUAGACCUUCGGUCGCAAGCACCGCAUUUCUAUGCACUAGGCGCGCGUAUGCUCGAGCUUUUCGAAGAGGACGAGCUGGGCGAAGUUCUGGAUGACACAUACAAGAAGCGAGCCAAGGAAAUUGAUGACCAGGCACGAAAUCAACGAGGCGUGCUGGGCGAAGGCGGCGAAUUUUUGAGAGGACUUGAUGAAGAGGAGCGCAAGUUAUUUAAGGCGGCUCAUGAAAGCACGAAGGCUGUCAAAGCGUGGAUGACUGAUUUGAAAAAAUCAUGAUCUAGUGGAGCUAUUCAGCAAAUGCGAUGUGCUUUGCAAUACUCCGUGCGCGAUUAAUCGAAUCGUCAUUCGGCCUUGUGGAAAUUCUGGCCUACAAACACAUGGAUUUCUCACCGCGCAUGGCGGACGAAGCGAAAAGUCUCCACAUGCUGAUCGCAAGCACCUAGCAGUCUCCAACAAACUUCCGCUCGAAGAGACUUGAUCGUGAAUCUCUUUGAGUUUGGACUCCAGUGGUUUGGCGCCGUUUAGGCCGAUGACUUACAUCACAUUGAGUCCGAGGCGUCUAGCCUCUCUCCAUUUUUGCAGUCAAGUUCUCUUGGGUACGACCUGUAUUCUGGACUGUCAGAAGGCGGCAUGAGGAGCCACAUCUUCCCAAAUUAGCAUUGUUCGAUAAGACGAAUCGAACGCGUGAAGGUGGAGUUUGAGAGAAAGCUCAUCAUGCACGAAGGCACGCAACGCCGCUUACUGCCCCUUCCUGUUUCUUCGCGAAGGCCACGAUUAGCUACUGAAUGUUCGACGUCACCCCAUCGAUCUGCGUCACAUUCUUCUUGGACAGCUACUUGGUUAAUGUCAAAACCUGAGAUAGAGAGUAUGAACAACAUAGUUUGCUGUGGACAAUCACAAAACAAAUUAUUGGUUUCUGAGUUUUUAUAUACUUUGGCUUAGAAUCCCUACGUUUCCACCUCAUGUGCAACCUGUUCUCCCCCAGGUACCGGUCAUGACUCCGGGCAGAGGAGAAGCUCUUGGACUAC